GCGAAUCAGGUGGCGGGGAGGCCUGUCUGGUGGCUUUAGUUUUAAUCUAUUGCCGCCCUUUGAGGUUUUGUUCACGCGCUGUUAAUAUGUCGGACUGACCAGAGGAUGAGCAAGAAGAGCCUCCUGCUGCUUCCUGAAUGAGCCAUAAACAAGGUGGAAGCCCGAUGCUUCACAAGCUAUGUUGUCUAACUCAUCUACCUCAUCUUCUGCCACAGCAAGACCCUCCUCUACUGAUACAUUUAAACUUCACAAUAUCUGUCACCUGCUGACCAGAAGAUUGCUGGGGUUUUACACAAAUGAUGCUGGUGUUGUCUAUAGGAAAAACAUGGGGAUCCUGAGGAAGUUAAUUUGCCAGGAAAGUACAACAUUCAAGAAUGUUUGGACAACACAUUCCACAUCUCCAAUUGCUUAUCAGAGUGGAAAGAUUUAUUUUGAUAAUUAUCGGUGCUGUGUGAGCAGUGUCACACCUGAGCCAAGGAUAAUUUAUCAAAUGCCAGCGUGCUCUAAAUCAGAAAAAAUAGAGGAUGCUUUAUUAUUGGAAUGCCCUGUGGGUGGAGUGCUGCCCAGGCCAUCAGACGGCAAACCUUCCUUAGCAGUUCUGACAGCCCACAACUGGCUUUUUCGUCUCUCUGCAAGUACUGGAGAAAUAGUUGAGAGAGUAUAUCUUACACCCCACUGCAAAUUCAGAUAUCUGAGCUGGGAUACCCCUCAAGAGAUCAUGGUUGUGAAAUCGGCUCAGUGUAAGGUCCCGGCAGCUGCACGGCAGGCAGGCAUCCAACAGUCUGUGCUCUUCUUCCUUGCUGUAUUCAGAGUUCUGCCUCUUGCAUUUAUCGGAAUGCUAGAAAUUGACAAAAAAAUCUUUGGAAACAGCGUAACAGAUGCUGCCAUGUCUCAUAGAAUGCUGAUCGUGAUGCACGGUGUGGGUCUUGUCAGGCUAUAUAGCUUCCAGUCCAUCUCUGAAAAGUUUAUGACACAACAAGUGGAUUUGGAACAUGAAUGCAACUGGAACGGCAAAGCUGGGAUCGUGGGAAAAUACCCUUUUGGCGUUCCCUGUAACAUUAAAAUAACAGAUACUCCAGAUCUGCUUUUUGAGGUGUCUUCCCUGGAGAACACAUUUCAGAUUGGAGGAUACCCUUGGCAUUACAUCAUCACUCCUAACAAGAAAAGCCAAAGAGGAAUCUUCCAUGUCCGUUCUUUGAAAGACCACACUUUGGCGAAGAAUGGCAUACAGGACAUGAAGUGCUGCUCACUGGAACCUGAUUGGAUAUCUUUCCACCCGGACAGUUCUGGAAGAAUACUGCAUGUGGGACCAAAUUUGAUUAAAAUUUUGAAACUGAAGGAAACUGAUAGUGUCACAGAACAGCAGGAAGUCAAAGAAGACUUUAUCAUUGAAGCCCACAGGGAAAAUGAUGUUAACAACUCUGUAACAGUAACUUCUUCUGGUCGAGUAGUAAAGAAGCGUAUUAACUUGCUGGACGAUGAUCCGGAGCGAGAGACUUUCAAAAUUGUGGACUAUGAAGAUGAACUGGAUUUACUGUCUGUCGUGGCAGUUACUCAGAUAGGAGGCGAUGGGGCAGCUCAUCUGGACUUCCAUUGUAAUGAGAAAGGGACUCGACUCAAGCGCAUUCUUUUUGCAGAGCCUUGGGACGUGACUUACAGCCAUGAAGUUUACUUCGACAGAAAUGUGGUGCUGCACAUAGAACAAAAGCCCAACAGGAUCUUCAGCUGUUACGUUUACCAAAUGGUCUGUGGUAGUUCAAGAGAGGGUGAAGACAUCAGGAAACACAAAAGGGAGCGACGUUUUUGUAAAAAAAUGGGAAGGACCUUUGAAUGUUUUUAAAGAACCCCUGUUGUUUAGAGGCUUUGCUACAGACGGCAUCCAAAAAGCCAUAAACCACACUGGGCUAGUUAAUAACUGUUAUUCAGCUCCACCCGAAUCCCUAAAGAUAAGAGAAUUAAAAAAAAAAAAACCACCCUACUACAGUGCAACAUUAUUACUGCCCAUGACAUUACAUAAAAAAAGGAGAUGUGUGAAAAGAGACUUUUUCUUGUACUAGUUUUUGUUGACAGAAUGAUAUACAAGCUAUUCAGCUAGCUCAGGCCCUGUCUGGGGUCCAAAGAGAUUCCUGUCAUGGGUAGAAGGCUCUCCUACUCACACAAGAAAGGGUCCUCAAUCUCCUAGUCCAGCAACAGCGCCAUGCCCCCCCCCUUCACAUCUCACACUGUUUCAGAAGAGGUCCCCUGUUCCUCCACAUUAGUUCUUUCGAUGGUAUGCGGGGGGGCAGACCUGGAUGGCUCAGGCUAGC